UCUAUCACAGCUUGUAGUUAAGUUUGGAACAAUGGCUUUUAAGGUUUUCGCUACCCUUUCACUUUGCUUCGCACUGGCAGUGGUUAACGCCUCGCCAUAUGGUCAUCAUGAACAUGGUGGACAUGGUGGACAUGGAGGGCAUGGUGGACAUGGUGGUCAUGGUGGACAUGGUGGACAUGGUGGACACGGUGGUCAUGAAGGGCAUGGCCACGGUGCUUCCAGUCACGCUUCGGUGCACUUAGUCUCACAUGACGAUCAUCAUGACCACCACGGUCAUCAUGGAGGCGGUCACGAACAUGGUGAUGGCCAUGAUUCACAUGCCGAAUACCAUUUCAACUAUGGUGUUAAGGACAAAAAGACGGGCGAUUUCAAAGGACAAAGCGAAAAACGUGAUGGCCAUAAAGUAUCCGGACACUACGAGCUGAUUGAUGCCGAUGGUCACAAGAGAACUGUCCACUAUACAGCUGACAAGCAUAGCGGUUUCCAUGCUAUAGUACAUCGUGAACCCACACACCAUCAUGUUGCUGAUCACGGACACACCAGCUACUAUGGCGGUCACGCUGAGGUCGAAUCCCAUGAAGGAGGCGAUGAUGGCGGCCACGGUCAUGGACAUGGUCAUGGGCAUGAACACGGUCAUGGCCACCAUUCUAGCGGUUUCUCCAUCAAGCAAGAACAUGGUGUUGCUAUCCAUCAUCACGGUGGCCAUGAUAGUGGUCACGGCCAUGGUGGUCAUUAAGCUGUUAUUUUCUAUCUAAUAAUGUUAUGGACUGAUACUUGUUGAUUUUUUGUAAAAAGUUUUUUGCUUUGUGACGCUUAACUAAAACUCUCAUUAAUACUUCAUUUUAU